GGGAGAGAGAGACGAGAGAGAGAGAGGCAAGAGAAAAUUAAGUCAAUGAUCCAGGUACGUAAGACACUGUCCAUUGAAUUGCUAUCACAGUCAGUGAAUAUAUGUCAAAAACUUCAAACUUAGAAGUCAGAAAAUUAAGUCAAUGAUACCAAAAAAAAGAAGUUCAUUUUGAACUUCUACCUUUCCACAAACCAUCAGCAAAACAUUACCAACUAUGAGUUUACGCUACCUGUCCACUUCAAGCGUUUAUCGUGAACUACCUCUGUAUUCCCUUUCCCUGUAAAAUUACACGUACUUCAUAAAUGAUGACAUGGCAUUUGAUCUUUUCCCAUUCUUGUUUUUCAAAAAUGAAGGAAAUGGACGAGACACAAGAUUUGGAUUGCCUUGGCGAAGAUGAAAUCAGCCGGUGCCGCAUUCGUCAAAAGAAGAGAUAUGCUAGGUUUACACCUACACAAAGAGCAGAAAAAAUCUAGAAGACAAUGCAAAAUAGGAAGAGGAAACGCAAUGCCCAUUACACUUCUCCAAACAAAAAUCUUGGUCGUCAAUUCUUAGAUGGACAAACACAAAAUCCAUCGCCAAAUCCCCCUUUAAAGGACCACCUAAUGGAGUCCGAAACAAUCGGACAACGACUGCGAGAAGUCCAUCUUUCCCAACCACAUGAAUUGCAGAGCAUGGCAAAUUGCCGAUUUUGUCGGGCUAAAAGGUUCCAAAACGAACCUCCAACUUUUUGCUGCCACAACGGAGAAAUAGUUCUGACAAGUCCAUCUGUACAAUCAAACCUACGAAACUUAUUCACUUCUCAAACUGUUGAAGCUUUGGAAUUUUGCAAACCCAUCCGUGCCAAGAAUAGCAUCUUCAGUUUCACGUUAGACAAAGGACUUGCUAAUUCUACAGCAGGUUUUUACACAUUUCGUGCAUAAGGGCCAAUUUACCAUGAACUGCCAUCUUUGAUUCCAUUUGCUACUUCUCCUUGUUACUUCCAACUAUACUUCUAUGAUAUUGAUAAUGAACUCCAAAAUAGGUUAGACAUUAUGGUAAACAAGUUGGAAAAAAGAAAAAACCCCCUCUUAACCCACACAUUGUUCGAACACUAAUGGAUGUGCUCUCUGUAAACCCUUAUGCUAUGUUUCUUAGGGGACUAGACCAAAGUUCCUUGGAUUCAUAUAGAAUACACAUAAGGACUGAUGUCAAGCUCGACCAAAGGGUUUACAACUCUCCAACGGCUGACUAGGUGGCCGCAAUAAGGAGAGAAGGAAAUAAUGCAAAUGUCUCUCAUGAACGUGACAUUAUAGGGCACUCAAACUCUAGACAUAAACAUAGAGUGCAACACUAUUAUGGUUGCUAUGAUCCGUUGCAAUACCCGUUAUUAUUUCCUAGAGGUGAGGUUGGAUGGCAUCAAAAUAUCCUUAGAAGAAUUCAAGGUCGCACAAGCAAUCGUGCAUCAAAUACGCAAAAUGAUCCGUCUUUCCAAACCCAUUAGGCUCAUAUCUUUUUGCACAAUAGCAUCUAAAUAUUUAUGAUUUAUCAAUAUUUAUAACUUUGUUGUUGGAUUUUGUUUUCACCUAUAGAUUUCUCGCUCUGAAUUUCAUGUAUGAUUUAGUAUACCUUGCUCUUUUUGGGGUGCAAAGAAAUUCCAAUAUGAAACUCCAAAUUUCUGUUGCUAGGGUGGUAAAGUAGUAUUCGCAAGUCCUUGCCUUCAAGAGUCUUUAUGCAAAUUAUAUAUGUCCUAAUGCGAACAAGGAAAAGAAUUUCGUAGAAACACUUGAGCAUAUAAUUGUGUCUUCUCUUUUACAUCAUUUGGGGUGAGAUUGGAUAAGGGGCUGGCGUCCUCACAACAAGGUGUUUACAUAUUCUGUACACAAAGUUUGAUAAGCAGACUCAAUUCUUUAUCCCAUGGAAACAGGCUUUAGUUUAUGUAAUUUCGUAUCAUUUAUUUUUUUGGUCCCUUAAAACUUUUGGUGCAUGUUUUGCAGUCUUUUAAUGCUUCAUAUGUGAAUUUGCUACUUUUUGGUUUCUUGGGUGAGGUUUGAGCCAAAAAAAACUAAAGGUGAAUAUCAAAUUAGGAAGUCGGGCUUCAUUGAACAUUGUUGGUGUUUUUUUAU